CAGAGCGAGAGGUCGGAGGUAUUGACCAGGAGAUGGAGCCAGGUCAGCCAGAGACACCAAGAUGAAGCCAUGAGACCCAGCGGGAGGGUUCACGUGUGACGCCAGCACAGCCGAGACGAGAGGAGGUGACCCGAGCGGAGAUGCCAUCGGUGGAAUGAAUCUGGAGCCAUGCAGGCAGUGAAACGCAGCGAUGGCAGUCCAGAAGACAGGCGGAGUCCCCAACCUCCAGAGAUGACCACAAAGUCUGGUGGCCGCGCCGGGAAGCAGACGGAGGCGACGAACCAGGCAUCGAAUAAACAGCCUCAAUCCACGCAGGACACGGCGGUCCUACAGUUAAGACUUCAGCAGAGGAGGACUCGAGAGCAGCUGGCAGACCAAGGCAUCAUGCCUCUGAACCAUGGAAAGUUCCCGAAGCAGGAGGAUUCGUACGCGUUUGAGGAGGACAGCAGCAGCGAGAGUCUCUCUCCCGAGCAGCACCACAGUGAUGAGUCGCAGGGCUCGGCCUGCCCUUCGUCUGAGGCUGUGGGCAGCACAGCCUCCUCCUCAUCCUCACCUGCCCUCACCAGCCCCCCACAGGGCAGUGCAACCAGAGACCCACCUGACCAGAACCAGGACGAGGGGCUAAAUGGUGCUAACAACAGCCAGGCUUCACCCCCAAUCCCAGUUCCUGCGAUUGUCAAGUCCAAGACAUCAGAGAAGAACAGGCACAAAAAGCCCAAAGAUGUGAAGCCCAAAGUGAAGAAGCUAAAGUACCAUCAGUACAUUCCACCGGACCAGAAGGCAGAGAAGUCCCCUCCGCCCAUGGACUCGGCCUACGCUCGACUUCUUCAGCAGCAGCAGCUCUUCCUGCAGCUGCAGAUCCUCAGCCAACAGAAGCACGCCCAAGCACAUUCUCAGACGCAGCAAUCGCAACAGCAGCACGUGCACACUUCACAAAGCCAGUCCCAGGCCCAGCAGAGGCAGCCUGCCUUCAGCUACCAGCCUCAUCCACCAUCCCACACCCACAAAGGAUCCAGCGAGCAGCUAUCAGCUUGUAGUUCUGGUGGUCCAUCCAGUGCAUCCAACAGCAACUCGUCGUCUCCGGUCAAAAACACGUUUCCCAACCAAAGCAGCAUCUCACCUGUUAAGCCUGGGCCUCUGCCAGCCAACCUGGAUGACCUAAAGGUUUCUGAGCUCAGGCAGCACCUGCGGAUUCGUGGCAUGCCCGUCUCAGGCACCAAGACCGCCCUUAUCGAGCGACUCCGGCCUUUUAAGGACUCCAACGCCGGCUCCUCGCCGUCGGGCUCCUCCGACAUCACCACCGUCACCUUCCCCGUCACUCCGACCGGCUCCCUGUCCUCCUAUCAGUCCCCAUCCUCCUCCAGUGCACUGUCCCAAGGAGGGUACUACCCCUACCCCAGCACCUCCUCCACCCCGCCCAUCUCGCCGGCCUCCUCCGAGCUCUCCCUCAGCGGCUCACUCCCAGACAGCUUCAGCGACGUGCCCAUGUCCUCGCCGACGCAGUUCGCCCUGCAGCCAUCUCCGGCCCACCUCAGCAUGGACGAUGGUCUGGUGGGAGGAGGCAGUGGCCUCGGAGGAGCAGGAGGCCAGAGGUUGGCAGAAGGUGGAGGCAUGGAUGGCCUGGAAGCUGAAAAAGAUAAGAUGCUGGUGGAAAAGCAGAAAGUGAUCGAGGAGCUGACGUGGAAACUGCACCAGGAGCAGAGACAGGUUGAGGAGCUGAAGAUGCAGCUUCACAAGAGGAAACGCUGCUACGGCGCCACACAGGACCCCGGCCCGCCCCCACCUCAGCCCUCCAUGCAUCACCAGACUCCAGCCAUGAUGGGCCAACAUUUCUUCGGCGUGACAGUCAAGCAGGAACCUGUUUCGCUGUCCUCCAGCUGCCCCCUGUCCUCUCCCAAACAGCUCAAGAGCCCCUCCAACAGCUGCAUGGAAGACAUGGGCCACGGCAACAGCGCCAGCAUGGCCGGCAUGGGGGGUCCGCAAUGUAUGGACACAGGAGGCGCCUCUGGCAGCCCCUCCAACAUGUCCGCCUUCCUCAGCCCGCAAUGCUCGCCGCAAGACUCGCCCAUCGGGAAGCCGUCGGGCAGCCCCCAACCCUCGUCACCACAUAACCCCUACAUGCUGUCCCCCGGGCCGGGCAGAGAUGGCUGCAGUCACCCCCACAGCCAGGGGAGCAACAGACCCCGCAGCAUGCAGCAGAUGCAGCCGAAGAGCGGCGGCCCACCAGUGAACUGUUCUUAUCCUCCCGACCAAAGAAACAUUCAAACCUUCAACUCGACCGACUGCGGUCUCAACCACGGCGGCUCCUUCAAGGCGGAGAGCCAGAACAUACAGCAGAAGAUGUCAGUAGUGCCGUGUCCUCGGCAUGUUGGCCAAAAGUGCCAGGUCUCUCCCCCUGCCUUCAGUAGCUCAGAUUCAGACGCAUCUGACUUAAGACAGCCCCCAUGCUAUGAGGAUGCAGUCAAGCAGCAACUGACUCGAAGCCAGCAGAUGGAUGAACUCCUGGAUGUGCUCAUAGAAAGUGGAGAGAUGCCAGCUAACGCCGGAGAGGAGAGGGAGAGGUCCUCUGUAACCAAAGUUGUGCCUCACAUUACUGUGUCCCCAGGGUGUCCCGGCCUCCUCAUUCCAAGGUUCCACCGCCACUACGAGCACUUGUCACCCAACCAGCUCCCUUAUGACCACACGGUCAAUCACAUCGGCGAGAGCCACCUGGAGACCCUGCUGGGCAGCCCCGUCGGUCGGGUCGGGGAGUCGGCCCACCUUAAGGUGGCCGCCGACGACGGCGGGCAGGAAGACGAAGGGAACAGAGACGGGGACGGUUACGGCAGCCCCAACAACCAGAACCACCAUCACCACCGCCACCCUCACCAUCCCCAACCGGACAAAAUCCUGACCAACAGAGACCUGAUCGACACCCCUCUGUCGCCCGCCGGCAAGGGGCCGUUCGCCGUGCCCGAGGUGCAGGGGAUGGUCAGCAUGGCGUUCAGCGACACGCCGUGGGAAACCAUGGAGUGGCUCGACCUGACGCCGCCCGCCUUCACCAACGCCUUCAGCGUGGCUCCACCGAGCGCGCCCAGCAUCUUCAACACGGAGUUCCUGGAUGUGACAGACAUUAACUUGAACUCUGCCAUGGACCUCCACCUAGACCACUGGUGAGCGCAGCGCCGCCGCCGCCGGACCGCUGUUAUAGCAACGCAUCACAAGACACCAGCUGAGAGGAGUGUGAACCGACGAACUCUUGAAACUCACACUCAACUGAAUGUUCAGAGUUUAGAUUUUGACUAAGUCCAAAGAAAAACUGUGGCCUUAAAUGUUGACUUUGCUGUUUCAGCCAUCAUAUCCAUAAUACCAGGUGCUUUUUUUUUUCACAUGACCUUUGUCCUUUAACGAUGCGCACAACUAUCGAAGUAAGUACGGCGAGCGGAAACACGAACAAUUUACCAAAAAAAAAAAAAAAGGCUACAGUGCUAAACUUUCAUGCAGUAUUACACCAAUCAGACUUGAAGAUAAUUUGACAAUCAUUUACUUUCUAAGUCUACAUUUGUUUUACUGGAAAAAAAAAAAAACACCCAAGUGGGAUUGAAAGAUAAAAUGAAUUUCGUAGUAGCGGCCAUAUUGUAAAUAUAAGGAUACAAACCACAACUUAAGCGUAUUGUGUAAUCAGUUCCUUAUUCAAUGUAAAUAUGAGAAAAUAAAGAAACCUCACUGUGCACCUCUUGCAUUAAUACACACUAGUCACAGUUUGCUUGCGUAGAAUAUGUGUGUAGGAAACUUUUUUUUUUUUAAGGAUUGUUAUUUUCACUAUUUGGCAUAUUUAUCCACAGGAUGACAUUACUGAGAGAAAUGUGUUUCUCUGAGAAACCUUUGGUCUUAUCACUUUUAAUCUGCAGACAAACUGUGCCUUAUUCACAGCAUCCUCUGUAUUCCCCAACUCUAUAAAUGACCCUUUUAUAAUUUUAUAAUAAACGGUGGUCCCCUAAAAAGCGCUGGACAGUUUAAAAAGCUGCGACACCAGCUGGUUUUCUCAGAGGAAGUUCUUUGUUUUGUGUCGGUACUUUUUAUGUGCGUCGGUGUAAUUAUGUAACUUUUUUUUUUUUUCAGUCAGACGCAGAGUUUUUCUGACGCUUCCUUGAUGUGGUCGGUGAAAAGUUGUUAGUUUUGGGGGGAAUAUUGGACUUUUAACAUUCAAAAGAAGCAUUGGUAAAGAUUAUAUUUCAGUACUUUUUCAAACUGUCAUUUCUUGAAGCAAUAGAGAGAUAAGAACAUGACAACAAUCACUGUUUUCAAACGAAAAUAGAAAACUUUCAUUGUGUUUUAGGAUUGCGUUUACACAACAAUGUUGUUCGGAGUCACUGAAAACCCGUGUUUCAGUGUUUCUUCCAUUUCCUAUGUGGAUUGACAUCGUUUUCAAAACUUUGCUGUGUGACUGUGAAACGUUUCUGAAGCAAAAAGGCAACAGCAACACCUUUUGACUUGAAACGUAGUCAUGUAAACAGUCUAAAUUGGACCCCUCUUUUAUUUUGAAGGAUUACACCUGUGCAAAUGUAUUUUAAACUCUUUAAAGAGACAGUUGGGAAUUUUGUUUGGCUGGCGGUAAAAGCUCCGGAACACCAAAUCUGUUCAGUAUUCAUGUUGUUUAUUUGUCCAGUUCUUGGUACAUGAAUGCAAAUAACAAUAACUUCCCUUGAAUUUUGUUUUCCAGCAAAUCCAGCCAAUUUUUUUUUUUUAUUUAUUUUGUGCCUUUAUAUUUAUAUGUGACCCUGUAUUUACAUUCCUUUCUAACAGCUUCAGAAAAUGAACGUUAUCCACCUCUGAUGGUAACAAAAUAAGUGAAAGGUAUUGAUGGAACCACUUGGAAAAGCCAUGCUUUCUCAAAUCACUAUAGGAAAAUCAUAAGAAUUGGAAUUGUCUAUUGCUAGCACUUGUGAAUAGGAAAAUGUAAUAUAUUCAGAUAUUUACUGUGAAUUUCGCUGAUUAACGUGAGAGUCACCACUGCACCAGCACCGGUCCUGACAAUCUCAAGUUUGCCGGAUGUUUUUAAUCAAUCGGUUUGGUCAUUGAUUGUCUGCACAUCCUCAUAGUAAAACUCUUGCUUUGAGAUUUUUGACAGCAGGCGUGUGUUAAUUGCAAGGUUCAAUCCAAGUUUUAUUUUAUUUUUCAUUCUGUAAUUGUAAUGCUACCGCCAACGGCUUGUUAGCUUAAAUUCCACAAACAAGGGGACCAGUUGAAACAGCUACAGUAGCUACUAGCACCUUCUUGUUGCUUUUGAAAUACCAGGGUGCGAUUUGCAAGGGGGGGCUGAACCACGGUUCAUUGUUCGAAGUCUUCACCUUGGUUGGAAUCCCAAUCACGUCACUGUCAACGGCUUGGAGAUGAAAAAGUACCCAAUUAUAUUUAUCCUCAACUGAUUUACUUUAUUCUUUUUUUACCUGUACCUCCCCAACCGAAACCCUUCUGUCAAGAAACACUAUUUUAGUCGAGCCCCCCUCCCUUAAGCCUUUAUCAUAAAUCACACCCUGGUUAACCCGUACCACUCCCCCCCCCCACCAUCGGUCCCUGACGUAUCCCCUGGACUUGCGGUUUUAGGGAUAGCCAUGCUACUCGUUAUGCUUCGCUAAGCUGACCACUUCCUGUCAUCAGAGGUCAAAUUGCCAAGACUAGACCCGUCUGAUGACUUAGUAGACGACCGUGCUUCAUAUGUUAACGUGGGCAGCCUCCCCACGUUGAUCUGAGCUGAUCGGACUAAAGUUUAGCUUUUCAUAAACCUACCUGAAAGAUUAUGGCUUUGCAGUCACGUUCUCUGUAUGAAAGGUUCUCACAAUGUGUUCCAGUUUGACCAAAUGUUGCUUUCCUGUUAAGUAUUAAGUGUUGCACUUGCUCAAUAAAUUCUGUGGUCUCACGUGUCCUGAUUGUACGAUAAAAGCUUUUGAGUCCCGUCUUCUGUUUGGAGAAUAUUUACUUGUCUUUCUUGUAUUAAAUCCUUUGGGUUCAAUAUGCAAUUUUUUUCUUUCCCCAAUUCAAGAAAAUAAAAACAAAACAAAACACACAAAAAAAAUUCACAUCUGACAGAAGCUUCCAUGUUGCUUAGCCACUGAUUUGCUUUACUAUUGUACAAACCAAUAUUUUGCCUGCAUCCCUGUAUUAUAAAGAAAGAAAAGAGCAAUAAACAUAAUCACAGCAAACUCA